UUCCGUCCCUUUCAUAACAGAAACGAGCCCAACAGAUUUCAGUAAAAAGAUUGCGUAUUUUAGAACUUUUUAGCCGAAAUAAGUAUAUAUUAAAGUACCUAUAUUUUUAGCCGAAUAAAGUGUGACCAGUACUAACAACUUUAACAAGUACUUUGUGAUCCCCGACAUUAGCUACUAGCAACCUUUUUUUAGCAGAAUACAACCAUUUAAGAAAAAGAAAUGUCCGAUUGGAAAAGCAACCUAUUAAACAAGAUUGUAAUUAUAAAGGACGUAGAUAACUGCAAAAAGGCUACAGAAAGCAUUCUUUGUAAGGUACCGUCGAAUAUUGCAGAAGUUGAUUCUUGGCCAUAUGUUGAAGAAAAACAGGCAAUAGGGUUAGAUUGUGAAGGAGUGAAUCUGGGCGAAAGGGGAGACAUAACUCUGAUUCAACUCAUCACAGAGGAACAAAUAUAUAUUUUUGAUGUACAAGUAUGUCCUGCAAUUAUAGAAAAUGGUAUUAAAGACAUUCUUGAGAAUAAUAAUAUUAUCAAAGUAAUGCAGGCAUGCCGAAACGACGUCCUUAAUCUUUUUUGCCAGUUUCAAGUGCAACUUAAUUGUGUAUUUGAUACUCAAGUAGCUCAUGGUGUGAUCACUAAACAAAAUGGUGGAAGUGGGGAUUUUACAGCUGGAUUGAAUCGGAUUUUCGAGUAUUAUGGCGUGCCCCCAAAUCCAUUAAAAAAAACCAUAAAAAAUAUUUAUAGGUGGAAUCAAAAAUAUUGGUCUAAAAGGCCACUGACAGAAGAAAUGAUAUUAUAUGCUGCAGCUGAUGUUGAGCAUUUAAUUAGUGAUAAAAUGUACUGCACAAUGCGUUAUGUUAUCGAAGAUGGGGAAAUGGAGGAAUCAUUUUUAUUUAAACAAAUGUGCAUUGAAAGAACUGUGAUAAAUCAAAGAAAUAACUCUGUAUCUCAAAAGAAGAAUAAACGUAGGCUGAAAAAUAUGAAGAAACGUAGAACUAAUAGAGAUCCGGCCUUUGUAUUAUACAAAAGUUUACUAACCCUGUAAAGAUAAUUAUUAUAGAAUAGGUACAUAAAAAAAAACUGGUACUUCCUGCAGAAUAAACUAAUGUUCGACUAAUCUUAUACCUAACCAACUGAAAUAAAAGAAUUUUAAAUGGGCAUGCAUUUUUGCAAUGAAAGUUUAAAUACUGAU